UGCUUCGAUUCUCUGAAGAUGGCUGCACAGUCAGCACCGAAGGUCGUGCUAAAGAGCACCACCAAGAUGUCUCUGAACGAGCGCUUCACUAACAUGCUGAAGAACAAACAGCCGAUGCCGGUGAAUAUCCGGGCCACCAUGCAGCAGCAGCAGCUGGCCAGCGCCCGAAACAGACGGCUGGCCCAGCAGAUGGAGAACAGACCGUCUGUGCAGGCCGCUCUGAAGCUCAAACAGAGCUUGAAGCAACGCCUCGGCAAGAGCAACAUCCAGGCGCGGCUGGGCCGGCCGGCGGGGACGCUGGCCCGAGGAGCCGGAUUCGGCGGGCGCGGCAGAGGCCGGGGCCGCGGCAGAGGCUCGGCGCGCCCCGCGCUCACCAAGGAGCAGCUGGACAACCAGCUGGACGCCUACAUGUCCAAGACCAAGGGACACCUGGACGCCGAGCUGGACGCCUACAUGGCACAGACAGAUCCUGAGGCCGCCGACUGAGGGGCCGGGACUGCCGGGGGGGCUGGCUCCGUCGGGAAUCCCCGAUGGAAAAUUCAGGCUUAGUGUGUUCUUGGAUGUUUUGAUACUCUCUGUUGUAUUAAACUUUUUUUGGAUUGUUC